UAUUGAUUAGGUUUGUUAACCCUUUUUUAAUUAUCAUCUCUAAUCUUUUCAUCAAUCCCUUUGAAUUGAUGGUGUGAUUUUGAAUUUUUCUUUCUUUCAAUUUUUGAAGUUAAACAUCUGAUUCUGGAUAACUCUUUUGAGAGAAUCGGGUGGAUUUAAAGUUUCAAUCAUUUUCCGAUGAGGAAAGGGAGAGUAGCCGCCGCAGAAACCACCUUAGUGAUGAAACCGGUGGUGGAAACCAAUGGAUCUGCGAAAGAACAAAGAUACAGAGGUGUUAGAAAAAGACCAUGGGGAAAAUUCGCGGCAGAGAUCAGAGAUCCAUGGAAAAGAGCCAGAGUUUGGCUAGGGACCUUCAAUUCAGCCGAAGAAGCCGCUCGAGCCUACGAUGCGGCGGCGAUUUCUCUCCGUGGAAACAAAGCGAAAAUAAAUUUCCCUUUAAAUCCCUCCGAUCCCCCACCUUUUCAUCGCCGGAACGACGAAGGCUGCGUCGACGACCACCGGUUAUAUCCGACAGGAGUUGAUUAUAAAGAUCCGGAAGAGAUCCCGCAAAGACCGGCGAGGAGUAGCAUGAGUAGUACGGUGGAGUCGUUUAGUGGGCCGAGACCAGCCCAACCACGGUCAAAACUGUCGGAUUUCGCGGUGGUCACGACUCCAAAGUGUGCACCUCCACUGGUGCCGGAGGAUUGUCAUAGUGACUGUGCUUCAUCGUCGUCGGUUGUUGAUGAAGGGGACGACAACGCAUCGUCGUCUUGCCGGAAAACUUUGCCCUUUGAUCUCAAUUUUCCGCCGUUGGAUGAAGUCGACGAUCUCACUUUAUAUCUUUGAUUCCAUAUCUCACGUCCGAUGAUCUGAAACUCUUUUUCGUCUGCAGAUCUUUCUUCCUGUAUGAACAAUUUGUCUAAUAUAAUCACUAAAUAAAAUUGGUCUUUGAUUCUAUGAUUUUGAACGUCA